AUGGCGGCACCCAAGAAAGUCUGCAUAAUUGGAGCCGGACCAUCCGGGUUGGUGGCCGCGAAAGAACUGCUUCACCGCCCAUCCUCUGCUGCGUCUGGCCUUGACGCCAGCUUCACAGUCACCAUGUUUGACUCCCAGCCUCGGAUCGGCGGCCUUUGGCCAGUGUACAAGACCGACGGUGCUGGGCUGGUGCACCCUCUCAUGCUGGCAAACCAGAGCAGGCAUACGAUGCAGUUCAGCGACCUGGCUUGGGAGCAGGAUGCGCCGCAUUUGCCAAGAGCGUGGCAGGUUGGAAGAUAUCUGCAGCAGUACCUUUCCAGGUACUGUGCGUUCGAGGAAGAGAGGUUUCGUCUGCGGCUUGGAUGGACGGUGCAGAGUGCCACACCACGCGACGAGAAGGAGGGCAGGACAUGGCAUGUCACUGCUCAGUCUCAAGAUGGACUUGUGGACGAAGCCGACUAUGACUACCUUGUGGUUGCCUCCGGAUUCUUCGGAAAGCCAGUCAUUCCUACUCUGCCAGGGCUGAGAGAGACCGGCGGAAUACCAAUUGUGCACAGCAGCCGGUACAGGGACCUCGAAACGCUGCUCCCAGAUGCAGAUGGAAAAGGGGGCAAGAUUCUCGUCGUAGGUGGCCAGAUGUCAGGGGUCGAGAUCGCCGGAACUAUUGCCUCUCAUCUAUCCUCCGCUGUAAAUACCCCAGGACAAGGAAAGCUGUCCGGCGCAGGCAAGUACACUGUCCACCACGUCAUCCAGCGACCGGUAUGGGUAUUUCCACUGUUCACGUCACCAGCAGCCGGCCGUGCUGCUGCACCAUUUGCGCCUCUCGACUUUGCAUCGUACAACUUGGCCAAUCGACCGGGCCCGCUUCACAACACGCAAGGCCACAUCACCACCGAGAGCGCCAAGGUGACCAAAGGUCUUUUCCAAGCGGCACUGGGCACCGACCAGUCCGAGUUCUCGCCCCUGCUCGCUCCAUCAGAAAACGACCUCGAAGACCCAGCCUAUCUCGCCGUCAGUGACUAUUAUGCAGAAUUCCUGCGGCUGGGUUUGAUCACUCUGGAAAAGGGCAGACUUGGAUCUCUGUCUGGGACUACAGCGACAAUUACUCCCGUUUCCUCGGAUCAAGAAGAGCCCAGAGCCGUCACUGAUGUUGCUGCCAUAGUGCUUGCCACUGGCUUUGAGGCAGCACCCUCUCUAUCCUUUCUCCCGGACGAGAUCCGACGGAUCCUCGCUCUGGACCCUACCAACAUUGACAACACAGUUCUUCUUGCGUUCCACGGCACUCAUCAACCGGAUGUGCCUAAUCUGGGCUUUGUUGGAUUCUACCGCAGUCCAUACUGGGGGGUUAUGGAGAUGCAGGCGCGCUUCUUGGCCGAGCUUUGGACACAGCAACGAGAAGGCCAGCUUCGCCCCUCCAUGCAGAAAGCCCUUGCAGAGGAUACUUCUAUUCAGCGAUUCGCGGCGCUCCGUGGGGAUUCUCGCGCUUCUCAAUUUCCCAUGGGUGACUACGCCUUCUUGAUGCAGGAGUUUGCGGCUGCGCUGGACAUCUCUCUACUUCCUUCAUCAAUCGAGGAUACGCCACCACUGCCGCACAAUGGAAAGCCUAUGGAUAUCCUGACGCCGUCACGAUACGCCUCCCCGCUUGCGAAGCCAUUAGAGGCGUACAAAUCCCUGGCGCAGACGAGAGAGGCCGUCCUAGCCUCGCUCACGAAUGGAAAAUUCGUGGCAAGGGCCGUCUUCCGCUCGCUGCUGGGCGAAUGGCAAUUGGAGAGAGAUCUUAUCUCGAAGCUGCCCACGCAUCCCAGUGGCCACUGGAGUGGGACGGCAAAAUUCCUCCUCCGACAAGCAACAAAAGAUGGUCUGAAAUGUGUCGACAGAAACGAUAAAAGCGGAGCUGGUCUCGAUCAAGAUGACGACGACGACGACGACCCGGGUCUAGAGUAUCUGUAUGUCGAAGAGGGCGAAUUCAAGACGACUACUGGCAUCACAUUCCCGGCGACGCGGCGGUAUGUUUGGCGAUACAACGAGAAGACAGACAAGUUGAGCGUCUGGUUCGUACGGACGGGCGACACAUUCAGCCGAAAGGACCCGCGGCGAGAGGAGGAGCAGAUGAAGGCAGAUUAUCUAUUUCACGAGGUCGACUUUGUUGUCCCCAGCGAUUACGCCACCAGGCGAGAUAUCACUACAGGGUGGGAGGCCAAGGCGGGCCACCUCUGCGUCGAGGACUUUUACGAUGUCAAGUAUGAGUUCAGGUUCAAUGCCGUGAAUCUAAGAGACUGGUCGCUUGGAUAUACCGUGAAGGGCCCACAGAAAGAUUAUACCAUCGAUGGAAAGUAUAGUAGAAAGCCCUCGGAAAUAUAG